AUGAGUGCUGAGGAGUCGCAACAGUUCUGUCUCAGAUGGCAUAAUUAUCAAAGUUCACUUAUGUCAACUCUGCCUCAGCUUUUAAACCAUGAUGAUCUGACUGAUGUUACAUUAUGUGCUGGUUUGAGAACACUUAAAGCACAUCGUGUUGUUUUGUCUGCAUGUAGUGAUUAUUUCAAACAAUUAUUUAAAGCUCUCACAAAAGAAUUAGGAGCAAGUCAUCAUCCUGUGAUAGUUUUGCCUGGCGUUGAAUUUACUGAUCUCUGUGCUCUAGUCACAUUUAUGUACAGCGGUGAAGUAAAUGUUUAUGAACAUCAACUAGCUAGCAUGCUUUCGAUGGCUGAUACAUUACACAUUAAAGGCUUGGCUGAGUUUUCUAAUGUACCUGGUUAUACAUCUGGCACAUUUGAGAAAUCAUCAAAAUGGAAAAGGCCGCGAGUUGAAGAAUCAGAAUCCUUUAAUAGAGUGAUUUCAAGACCAACAAUGAGUGAAACUGAAGUUUUUGCUGAUCUAGAUGUUGCUCAAGAUCUAAGUAAGCGUGUUCCAGAAAAUGAUAAUCAAGAUGAUACUGUAAACUUAGCAACUACUGUUGACCAUAAACCGUCCACAUCAGAAAUAAAUGUAUCUUAUGGUGAAGAAGCUCCAACACCUACAGAUUUAGUUCAAGGUCCAGUUGUACAGGGUUCACAGUCAGAUAAUAAUAAAUCGCGAACACCAGUAUCCAAGCUUUAUACAAUGUGUUUCAUUUGCGGUAAACAGCUUAGUAAUCAUUACAAUUUGCGCGUUCAUAUGGAAACCCACCAAAAUGCACAGUAUGCUUGUUCAGUGUGUAGUCAUGUUUCUCGAUCCAGGGAUGCAUUAAGGAAACAUGUAUCUUAUAGACAUCCACGUCCCAACAAUAAUAAUACAACUGCGGAUAAUUCAUCUACAGUAGAUUCUUCACACAAUGUAAACAAGCUUCCAUCAACUUGACCCAAAAAAAUACGCAUGAUACAUUUAUUGUUAUUAUUUAAUUUAUUGUUGUUACCCUUUAGUUAAUUUUUCUUCUAGUUAUAUCCAUAUUAAUCGUUGACCUGUUAUUUUUAUUGUGUGAGUGUUUGAUUGUUAUUGUUAUAUAUUGUUAAAAUUUAUAAGCUGUUGUUGA